CUACUGUGCGCUGUGCUUUUCACAUGCGGAAGUAAUCUGUAUUCCGGAUAUCUAAAUCUUACGCAGAGGCCUUUUUUUUUUUUUUUGUCUUGAUCUUCUCGACAUAGCUUUACAUCAGUGAUUCAUUCUUUCUCAGGAAGAAGAGACAAAAUUGACGUGGUCCAAGCGGUGCUCUGAAACAGUCUUUAGUAAUGGUGAUCCGGAAGUUAUAAACAUUUAAAAAAGCUGUUUAUUCUUUAUUUUUAUCUGCGUUUUGCUGGGCAGAAAGUUGAAGUACUGGACUGCAUAGCUGUAGGCGGCACGCCUUGCCAGCUUUCUCAUUUAGUUUGAGAGUCAUGGCAACAGAGGAGUCCGGAGUUGCAGGUGCAGAGCCCACCCUCUCAUCAGACAGUGGGAGCAAACAAGAGUCUGUAAAACCGAACUAUGCUCUAAAAUUUACUCUCGCGGGACAUACGGAGGCUGUAUCAGCAGUCAAAUUUAGUCCUAAUGGAGAAUGGCUAGCAAGUUCUUCUGCAGAUAAGCUAAUUAUAAUUUGGGGAGCCUAUGAUGGAAAACACGAAAAAACAUUUUAUGGUCACAAUCUGGAAAUAUCAGAUAUUGCCUGGUCAUCAGAUUCCAGUCGUCUUAUUUCUGCCUCAGAUGACAGAACUCUGAAAUUAUGGGAUGUGAGUUCUGGAAAAUGCCUGAAAACGCUGAAGGGACACAAUAAUUAUGUUUUUUGUUGUAAUUUCAACCCACCAUCCAACCUCAUUGUUUCAGGAUCAUUUGAUGAAAGUAUGAAAAUAUGGGAGGUGAAAACAGGAAAGUGCCUCAAGACUUUGUCUGCUCAUUCCGACCCAGUUUCUGCUGUUGAUUUUAACUGUAGUGGCUCCUUGAUAGUGUCAGGUAGCUAUGAUGGUGUGUGUAGAAUCUGGGAUGCUGCAUCAGGUCAGUGUUUAAAAGCACUUAUUGUUGAUGAUAACCCUCCUGUCUCAUUUGUAAAAUUUUCUCCAAAUGGCAAAUAUAUUCUUACUGCUACUUUGGACAAUACUCUUAAAUUAUGGGAUUAUAGCAGGAACAGAUGCCUGAAGACAUACACUGGUCAUAAGAAUGAGAAAUAUUGCAUAUUUGCCAGUUUUUCAGUUACUGGUGGGAAAUGGAUUGUGUCUGGUUCAGAAGACAACCUCGUUUACAUAUGGAACCUACAGACCAAAGAGGUUGUACAGAAAUUACAAGGUCAUACAGAUACUGUAAUCUCAGCAGUGUGUCAUCCUACAGAAAAUAUCAUUGCAUCAGCAGCAUUAGAAAAUGACAAAACAAUUAAACUGUGGAUAAGUAACUACUAAACCCUCUGGAAAUCAUGUAGUGAAGCCAGGUUGACCCAAAUGAGACAUUUUGAAAGAUGUUUUUAUUCUUUUCUUUGUAGAACCAGAAAUAAACACAGUACCAUACACACACAAAAUUUCAGCACUUUUCUAAAAAUACUUUCUUCAUUCUUUAUUAUUAAUUUUUUGAGGGCAGGGGGAUCACAGUAUUAUUCCAUCAUCCAGAGUUCCUCCCCCCAGGUGCUGACCUUGUGGUGCCAGGCUGGGAUCUAUGUCACAUACUCUAGCUCUACCAGGUGAGCUAUCCCUAGUCCUAAUUUCUGUUAAUUUUGAAAUAGUUUACUAUUUCUUUUUAACAGUAUCUUAGAUUAUCCAAUUUUAAGACCUAUAAUCUAAAUUUGUAAAGCAAGACAGCUGGCUUCACAAAUGUAGAACCUAGUAUUUCUGUCUGUCCCUGAGUGGAUUUCCAUUCUGUUCAUUUUUGUGUUCUCUCCUCUUUUUUUUAUUGCCAUGAGGGUUACUGCUUGGCCUUCGUGCUCGCAGUAUGAAUCCAUCACUUCUGGUAGACAUUUCUUUCCCUCCCUUCUAUUUUUGAUAGGACAGAGAGAAAUUGAAAGAGGAGGGGUGUGGUCCAGGAGAUGGUGCAAUGGAUAAAGCUCUGAAGCAGGAGGUCCCAAGUUCAAUCCCUGGCAGCACAUGCAUGAGAGUGAUGUCCGGCUCUUUCUCUCUCCUAUCUUUCUCAUAAAUAAAUAAAUAAAAUCUUAAGAAAAAAAAAGAAAGAGGAGGAGUAGAUGGAGAGGGAGAGAGAUAGACAUUUGCAGACCGGGUUUCACUGCUUAUGAAGCAUUCCCCCUGCAGAUGGCCAGCAGGUUUGAAUCCUGGUCCUUGCACAUAGUAAUGUGUGCACUCAAUUUGGUGCACCUUUACCCUCCCCCACACCUCCAGUUCUGUUCCCAGUGAUUGUUCUGAAAGAUCUGCAUAUUUGAGAUACACAAUUUUCCUCAAAAACGUAAUUGAGUAAAUGAGGGGAACAGCUUCAUUUCUUAACUACUUUCAAUAAACUUAAGUAAUAAAGUUCAAAA